UUUUUUUGUUUUUUUGGGUGUAACAUUAAGGAUCCCGGAGUCACGUGACUGCGAUGUCGUCCACGGCGCGGCGACUUUUAGCUUCCGCCGUCAUCUUGUCGCUGCUAAAAGCGUCCAGGUGCAUCCAGGUGAUCGUCUCCCAGCAGGACCGCAGCACCUUCCUCUUCGGCUCCGUCAUCCUGCGCUGUGACUAUUCCACCUCUGCUAACCCCCAAGAUGUCCUGCUCACCUGGAGGUUCAAGUCCUUCUGCAAGGACCCGGUGCUGGAGUACUACUCCACAUCGUUCCAGUCCUCGCUGCAGUUGGGUCAAGACCCCGCCAACGACUGUCCUGAUCGCCAGCGCACGGUGCGGACCGUCAUCCAGAAGAGAGGCACCAACGAGCCCAUAAUCGGUGCCGACUAUCGGGAACGCAGAAUCUCCAUCCAGAAUAAGGCGGACCUGGUGAUCAACGAGGUGAUGUGGGAGGACAAUGGUGUGUACUUCUGUGCAGUGGACGCUGCAGGUGACACCACCGGGGACUCAGACAAGGAAGUCAAACUCAUCGUUUAUCAUUGGUUAACGGUGCUGUUAAUCAUCCUGGGUAUUGUGCUGCUCAUCAUCCUGCUGGGAGUGUGUUGCUGCCAGUGUUGUCCUCAGAAGUGUUGCUGCUACGUCAGAUGUCCUUGUUGCCCUCAGCAGUGCUGCUGCCCCGAGAAAGCGAUCAUGCAACAUCGUAUGAUGAAGGACGCUCAGAGGGCCAUGGCUCCUUGGAUGGGAGGACAAGUUUAUGCACCAAUGAGCCAUCCAGUCAACCCCAUGUUAUACCCAGGAUCUACAUCAGGUAAAAGCAUCCCUCUGAAGGGUUUGCCUCUCCCGCCUCCUCAGUCCUCCGCCUACAGCAUGCCACCCCCUAGUGGGCCCAGAACUGGCACACCUGCCACCAAUCACAUGCUGGACUACAUGGAGAGUCAGAUGAGGGGGAUGGACGUGACCACACCUCUGCUACAGCCUCAGCCGCCACUGCCGCUUCACAUGCACCAGCUGGCCCCUCCCCCCCAGCACAUGCACCAGCUGGCCCCUCCCCCCCAGCAGAUGCCCAUGGGGGUCCCGUACUCCCCCGGCCCCCCCAGCAUGAUCUCCGGCCUCGGCGACGGCCCCACAGAGCGCCGCGUCAUCACCCUUCCGCCGAUACGGGAGCCGCCGUCGGCCAGGGUGCCGCCCCCCGCGCCCAAGACACGCCCCCCCAGCUCCAGCGAGAGCAGUCAUGCCGGGUUCGGACAUCGUGACGGGCGCGGGGCGGCGGGUCGACGCUACCCAUCGCCUCCGCGCUCCAGGGGCCUCCCCAGGAGCUACAGCCAGGAAUCCCUGGACGGACGCCUGGACGGACGCCUGCGCGGCGCCCAGCGGGAGGCCAUGAGCCGCCCUCGGUCCCGGUCCAGGGACGACCUCUUCGACAGCCGCUCCAGGGGGAGGUACUCCCCGCCUGCGGGGCGGCGAGCGGGAGGAUCGUGGAGCUCUGAGGACGAUGACAGUAGUCGGCGAGGAGGAGGAGGAAGAAGAGGAGGAGGAGGAGGAGGAGGAUGGGGGGACAAGGCUCCCAGCUACACCGAGUACGAGCCCGGACACAAACCUUCCCCCAGGAGGAACCAAUACUCUGUUAAGAGCUCUCGCAGCGGCACCAGUGUUGUCAUCUGACCCCAGCUGACCUUUGACCUUUGUUUCUUAGUGUCCCCUCCGUGGCAUCCAAAGCUGCUCCCCCAAAACCAAACUAAACUUUUCUUGCAAGCAUUUGAAAUUUCCCCCAAAAAUCUUUUAUUUUGGUGGUUCAACUUGAAUCUUGUGGGCUUCAACACGUUGUUCAGUGUCCGUGACCAUA